AAAGAUGUAAUAAUUUCUGGUAUAUCAUUUGGAGAAAACUAUGUCGUAUAGCCGCAAGACAGGAAUAAAAACAGUAUACAGCACGUAAAGUAUGUCUAACUUUUGUUUUCUGGAAGAAAACACGAUAUAGACAGAUAUAUGUGGAUUUUCAAUAAUAUAGAUUUCGAAAGGAUUUUUUUUUAUUGAUUAUAUAAGAGAUUCUCGAUAACUGACUAAUUCUUCGCGAUUGAUUUUUAUAUUCGUGAUAAUGGAAUCAUUCGUUACAAUUAACGCAACGAUUUAUCUCUUCGUAUAAUUUUCUAUAGAAAAACUAAACAUCAUCUAUGAGUUCUAUGAGUUCUUUGAGUAAUUUAAAGUAGAUCUUUUUCAUAAACGCGAAAAAUUAGUCGGAUACAAUUUUUUUUCUUAAAUCUUAAUUUUCAGCAUAAAAUAUUACAGAUUUUAUUCUCAUGUGUCUAUAAUGUGAAUUUAAACUAAUUGAAAUUAUAACUAUAUAUACGUUAAAUUAGAAUCGAUACGACUUGAAUAUGCAAAGCAUAUAUAUCAUAUGUAUAAUUGCCAAUCGCUUUUGUUAUUGUUCUGACAGUUCUGUUUGCGUUCGAUGUUGAUGUUAUUUUAUAUAAUUUUCCAUGUGUUUUAUUGUAAGGAAAUGUUUGAUAACAUGGUUACCGGAGAGGAUUGUUCUUGCACCGACACCACAGAACCGUCCAAUCUAACGUCUUUGCACUCGGAUGAUGUUACUUCGGCCGUAAAUUCCGACGUAAAUGUGGUCUGCACCAAUACGAUCGGAAAGGGAAACGAUGCUGUUGAAGGACCUAAAGAUACAGAUUGUAAAUGUUCGAUCGACGCGACGCCGGUCGCAACUUAUUGCGUAGCCGCGACAACGGAAGCCCCAUCCGCGGUUCCAGCAAAACUGGAUCGCCAGCGGGAGAACUCGAGAAGUUGGCCUGCAACGACGCAAUUGAGCUUUCCUCCGUGUUUAUGCCGUAGUCAUAAAAUCAACGGUUACGUUCUGCCUGUGAAACUUAAAAAAGAUAAACCGCAAUCGCGGCAGUUCUGGAGCCGUUUCAGCUGGAAGCGGCCAAGAAAUGGGCACUUCGGCAAGGAGAACAAGAUGUACGAGAUAAAGUUGAAACAGGUUCAGUGUCCUCACUAUGCUCAGGUGCCUCUCAAAGGCAUGCCUAAACAGCAUCUGGACGCGUCGCAGCCACCACACGAAUUUCAACCCCUCGCCGCUUACGAGAUGUCGAACGGGAUACCGAGUAAGAGCGCCAAGUACGAUGCCGGUAAAUCAAAGCCUCUCAAGUAUCCAACGAAGACGAAACUCAAGAGGGAGGAAGUGGCGGAGAAGAUCGAGAUUUACUACUUCGAUCACGGAAGCUCCGCAUAUUAUCGAACAACCGAUUGCCAUCCUGUCUUGACUACCGAUAAAUGUGCCGAAAAGACUGAUCAAGCAGCAACCCGCUUUUGGGCAGAAAUCUUUGGCACGAUUCAUAUCGGCAUCGCCUUCGUCACGGCUUUUAUUCUGCAGCUCCUCCGCUUCAUUCUCUAUAGCGUGAUCCGACCGCUGACAGUGGGGAUACUUCAAUUGAUAGCGGAUUACUUUGUGAAACCGCUGCUAUCCAUUCUGUUCAACGCUCUUGUGCAACCAGUACUGAUCCUUCUCUAUAAUAUCGCUACGUCGUUAAGAGAUCUCUGCGAGCCGAUAGCCGAGGCGAUAGGCCUAUUUUUGAGAGAAAUCGCGAAUCUUUGCGCCGCGAUCAGACUCGUUGAAGUGAAGCACAUUCACGCACCGACCACCACUGCUUGCACCUGAACUUAGGACGACUUGGUCAAUAGUUGAGACGAUAGGUUCACUUCUAGAAGGGAGAUGGGAUUCCUUCACACACAUACACACACAUCACGUAUUUUCAACUCGUCACCGAUAAGACAUGUGCCUUAACACCAGGUAUAUAUUUGGUAUUAUUUUAACUUUACAAUAUUAUUAUUGUGUCAUUUUUACAGAACAAAUCAUCUCUUAUAGCAACUAACUUUGUCAAUAAUAAUCAAUACUCGUUUUUUUUCUAUCGCGCUCUCUCUCUUUCUCGCUUGCUUUCGCGCUCUUUCAUUCUCACUCGUUAUUUCUCUCUCUCUC